AUGGAUCACCAUCCCACACCCAGCGACUCGGAAUCCACAGCUGAUCAACCCGGACCAAGCCCGGGUGGCGUCCGCCCUACAGAAGAACCCGUUGAGGCUCAGCCUCAGCCUGCAGAGAUGACUGCUGACCUUGAUGAUGCCCUUCUCCAACCGCCUCCAGCCCUCCUUGAGACUCAACAAGAGGUAAUCGCCAGACAAGAAGCCUGGGUACAGAUGAUGGCGCCUCUCACUCCUGAGCAGCGACUCGACAUUCAACUAUAUGCCGAUUUGACUACUAGGGUUUGGGCGCAGCUUGCUGACAACCCCGAAGCACCGCCUGAAGUUUUGCCAGCGGCAGAUGACCUCUUAGAAAUUGUUGACAACUUUCAAAGAACUUUGCAAAGCUUACCUCAAAGAACUAUUGAACGGAUCGAUGAAUUUUUUGCCCAUGCAGCCCAGCAGCUGGGGCAGCUGGGGCAACAACGGGAAAACAUACAUAUGCUGCGACAAAACGUCGCUCCCUUCCUCGACGGCCUGGACAUCACGACCCUGACGUCCUUGCAAGCAAAUGUGGCCCAGCCCGACUCUCCGAAGUGCACCAUCUGCCUGCAACACUACGCGGAUAACGACGUCAUCGUGGUACUACCGUGCCACCCUGACCACCACUUUCACUGGUCUUGCAUUCAGGUGAGGUUUCCCCCUCUGAUCGUCCUUUUGCCCUCCUUAUCUGACUUUGUUUUACACCUGCAGCGCUGGAUACACACUUUGAUUCCCGCAAACUUUACCUGUCCUAACUGCAGAGCCCCAAUUUUCUUUUGA